AUGCACAGUUUGAAAAAUGGGAAUGAAUUAAGUCGUGGCAAAGGCUAUGGAGUUGGAAGUGCAGGAGCAUGUAGUUUUAAUUGCCAAGAAGAAGAAACGCAAGAGACAAAGUAUUUGCAGUAUACUGACAUCAACUCUGUGCCAUCUGGAGCUUUUAGUGGCUUAUCAUCACUGACAAUUUUAAAUUUGUCGGCAAAUGCUUUGAGCUCUCUGCCUGUUGAUGCAUUUGAUGGUCUUUCAUCUCUGCAACAUUUGAGUUUAGGUAGAAAUUCAUUGUCACAGUUUCCAAAUAUGGGUCCAUUUGAGGCAAGUCUGACCGCUCUUGAUUUACGCUUCAACAGUUUGACAGAGAUAACGUCUAACAUACUAAACGAUAUGACAAAUCUGCAAUUACUUCAUCUCGAAGGCAACCAAAUAUCUGCUAUAUCUGUUGAUUCUUUUGUUGGUCUGACUAACCUUCUAACUUUGCAAUUGAACUCGAAUCUGCUUAGGACUGUUCCUUCUGCUCUUGAUUCAGUGUCAUCAUCACUUCAAUAUCUGUGUGUGACAGUAAUUGGCUUUCGUGAAUUGAUCGAAGAUCUUUCCAACAAUAAUUUUUCGUCUUUUCCAAGUGACAAUUUUGGAACUGCACCAUUGACACGAUUGUUUGUCUCAAAGAACAGACUUCAACACUUGCCUCCUUCUCUUUUCCAGAACUUGACACUGCUGGAGCAUUUUUACUUGAACAACAACAAGUUAGUAAAAGUUGAUAGUAGAAGUCUUAAUGCAAGCAAGCAAUUGCAAAAAAUUGUCUUGCAGUAUAAUGAGCUGCCAGAACUUGACAGCAGCACAUUUCGAGAUUUCUCUAAUCUACAAGAAUUGUACGUUGUUGCUUAUUGUUGUCUUGAUUUCUAG